AUGGUUCGUGCGCUCGAACAAGAACAAGAAAACUAUAGGUCUAGAGUGUAUCAUUUCAAAGAGAUGAAUGAGAAUGCAGGGGGUCGGCACGUUAAGAGCUUCAGCGCGGAUGAUAGUUCUAGUUUUGAACAAUACUCUUCAAUGGAUGAUAGAAUAACAUCUAGAAAUCAUCAUGCUCCAAGACCUUUAAAUGACCAAGCAUUUGAUCAUAAACAGAAAGUGGGGACUUCACCUUAUAGGAAUGACAAGGGUCCUAGAUCGAGGGUUGGCAAGGAUGAAGCAGGGACUGCUCCUCCAGGAAAAGAUAAUCUAAAUCUAGGCAAGUCCAAUUUUUUAAGGUCACAAAUGGAACAGAUGAAGGAAAGGUUUGCUAAGUUGCUUCUUGGGGAGGAUAUGUCUGGUGGAGGAAAGGGUGUCUCUUCAGCUCUGGCAUUGUCAAAUGCAAUUACAAACCUUGCUGCUUCUGUGUUUGGCGAACAACGGCGUCUGGAGCCUAUGGCACCAGAAAGAAAAGCGAGGUGGUUAAGAGAAAUUGAUUGGCUCUUAUCCGUAACCGAUCACAUUGUUGAACUUGUUCCUUCCCAACAAAAAUCCAAGGAUGGAUCAAAUAUGGAGAUAAUGGUGACACGACAACGAAAUGAUCUUCAUAUGAACAUUCCAGCCUUGCGCAAGCUUGAUGCAAUGCUUCUUGACUCCCUAGAUAACUUCAAAGACCAAAAUGAGUUUUAUUAUGUUUCGAGAGAUUCCCCUGAUUCAGAAAAAGGAGGCAGCAAGAGAAAAGAUGAUAAAUGGUGGCUACCUACUGUCAAAGUUCCUCCAGAUGGUUUAUCAGAAAGGGCCAAAAAGUUUCUUCAAUACCAAAAAGAUUGUGUGAACCAAGUUCUCAAAGCAGCCAUGGCGAUAAAUGCUCAAAUUCUUUCAGAAAUGGAGAUUCCUGAUAACUACAUUGAAUCCCUUCCUAAGAAUGGGAGGGCAAGCCUCGGAGAUUCGGCGUAUCGGAGUAUUACACUUGAGUAUUUUGAUCCCGAUCAAUUUCUGUGCACCAUGGACUUAUCAUCAGAACAUAAAAUCCUAGACCUCAAGAACAGAAUAGAGGCUUCAAUAGUCAUUUGGAAAAGGAAGAUGAAUCAGAAAGAUGGUAAAUCCGCUUGGGGAUCUGCUGUCAGUUUGGAGAAGAGAGAACUCUUCGAAGAGAGAGCAGAAACUAUCCUGCUCCUCCUCAAACAGCGCUUCCCUGGAAUUCCUCAAUCUGCACUAGAUGUUAGCAAAAUUGAAUACAAUCAAGAUGUAGGGCACGCUAUCUUGGAAAGCUAUUCGAGAAUUCUAGAAAGCUUGGCCUCGACCGUCAUGUCUCGAAUUGAAGACGUACUCUAUGCUGAUUAUGUUGCUCGAAAUCCAUCACAUGCAGGACAUAAUAGGAACCCGUUAAGAGCAGCACCACAAGUACAGGCAUCGCCCAAAGAAGGGACGGAGAAGAACUCAGAUGAUUCAAACGCUUCGAUGACACUGUCUGAUUUUAUGGGUUGGGGUUCCGACCAAAAUGAAAGUGCGGCAAAGAAGGAUCCAUUUGGAUCAGAUGAACUACUCAAAGAUGACGAUAAGUUGACACAGAAACUUACUUACAUAUCAACCAACAGGAAACCUUCCUAUCUUGAUAAUUUAGGAGCUUUACGAAGCCCAACAGCACGCCAUUGA